AGAGAAGUUUCAUCGAUCGGACUCUGCCCUGUCUUCCCUGGAGGAACAGCUGUAACGGACAAGAACAACGCACAGGAGUACGCAGACAAAUGCGAACGUUGACAAAUGAUGGAUUCCGGAUUCGGUUUGGUUUACCUGACGGGUGUUAUGAUCGUGUUUGCUUCUCCGGUAAUUCUCAAACCAGUUCCCGACCAGUACUCACGGGGUGUGGACUGGCUGAGCAGGUAUGGCUACCUUCCCGCUCCAGACCCGCAGAUAGGAAAACUGCAGACCAAAGAAGGGAUUGAGAAGGCCAUCAGGCAGAUGCAGGCAUUCGCAGGCCUGAAGGUGACUGGCAAGCUUGACACAGACACACUGAAUAUGAUGUCAGCACCAAGAUGCUCGCUGCCGGACAUUGUAGGCACGGAGGACAUGCUGAGGAAGAGGAGGAGGAAGCGAUAUGCUCUGUCCGGGCUGCGCUGGGAAAAAAAUAAUCUGACAUGGACUGUCCAGAGUUACCCCACGCUCUACCCCUCCCUGAGCCCUGACCUGGUGAAGUCCCUAAUGUUUUAUGCCCUCAAAGUCUGGAGCGACACCACCAACCUCCAGUUCCACGCCGGCUUGCAGAAUGAGGCCGACAUCCUUAUUUCUUUCUCCCGCUCUUUCCAUGAUGACGGCUACCCGUUCGAUGGUAAGGGGGGCACUCUGGCCCAUGCCUUUUUCCCUGGGCAGGUCAACAUAGCAGGGGAUACGCACUUUGACGAUGAAGAGACCUGGACCUACGGGGCCGCAGAUGGCGCUGGCACUGACCUGUUCACUGUGGCUGUGCAUGAGUUCGGCCAUGCCCUGGGCCUCUCCCACUCCUCCACUGACCCAUCCAUUAUGCGGCCAUAUUAUCAAGGCCCCGUAGGAGACAUCAUAACCUACGUGCUUCCCAUCGAUGACCAGCAAGCUAUUCAGACUCUAUAUGGAAUCAAAACGAACAGACCAAGACCGCGCCCAGGUGGUCGGUACACAACACACCUGCCUGAGCUUCCCAAUACACCACCUAAAGUGACCAUACAACCUGAUCCUGGCCACCAGGAUCGGUGUAAUGGAGGAUUUGAUGCAGUAGCAAAUAUCAGGGGAGAUGUGUUCUUUUUUAAAGGGCCAUAUUUCUGGCGAAUGCAGCGGUCUGGUUCCUUGGUGUCUCUCUCUCCUGCACUCACUAGAAACUUCUGGAUCGGACUCCCACCUGGCACAUUCAAUAUAGAUGCUGUUUAUGAGAGAAGGACUGACAACCAUAUCAUCUUCUUCAUUGGUUCACAGUUCUGGGUGUACAAGGAUACAGAGGCCUUGCCUGGCUACCCACACCCAGUGUCCAACUGGGGCAUGAGAACACGUGAUGGGAGGGUGGUGGAGCGGGUGGAGGCAGCAUUUGUUUGGGCCCAUAAUGGGAAGACUUACCUAUUCAGCGGUGGAGAAUUCUGGAGGUUCACUGAAAGUCAGGGAGAUACAGUGCCACACCCAGAGAAGGAAUACCCAAAAAAUGCCUUACUCUGGAAGGGUGUUCCCAGCCACCCUGAUGACAUCAUGAGUUGGGGAAAAGGAGAUACAUAUUUCUUCAAGGACAACUCCUACUGGGUCCUAAACAAUGGGGGGCUGGACCAAGACAUUGUCAGUCCCAGAUCGGUUGCAGCUGAUUGGAUGUUUUGCCCUGAACCAUCACCUACCGCCCCACACGCAAGGUGCUCUGACUGCACCUGUGACGGUGGAAAUUCCAUAUUCAAUAAUCCUGGAUUACUCAUUUUUUUGUCAUUUGUUUUCAUAUGUUUAAAUGCAUUAGUGGGCUGAUUUAAACCAUGCUGAGUUUAAUUCAAAUCUGCAAUAACAACACAAUCAGUGAAUGUAUGUCUGCCAGCGAUCUUCUUUUUGUCAUUUUGUUUAUAUCAAGUUGAUUAUUCUAGCUCACGGCUAGCUCCAGUCACCAAUCACAGAGAGGUUUCUUUACAAAUAAUGCAAAAUUACAGGGAAUAUAUACAGAUUUAAAAUUUUGAAAUGUGCUGGUUUACUUGAUUUAAUGCUUGUGUUCAAAAUGACGCAAGUGCUUUUUAUAAUAGUGGUAUAUGGAAUGGGCCCUAAGGGAAAGUUAUCAUCAAGGUUCCUUCUGGUGCACACUGUCAGAGUUCAGGGUUCUAACGUGUACCUGUGGUUUACCUGAAAAUAUCCAAAUAAUUACGCCUGUCUAUACUAGAGGUGUCACGGCACAGCCCCUCCCCACAAACGUCUACGUGUGUGUGUGUGUGUGUGUGUCUGUGUGGCCAUGCCCCCAUGUGUUUCACACCUGCUCAUCGUUGUGUUGUUACUGUAAGCGUAUAUAGGUCCUUUGUGUAAACUCAUUUAAAUAUAUCUUAUGGAGACCUCUGUUAGAAUUAUGAUA